GCUGAGUUAUCGUGUUGACUUAGGAAUGAAUUCCUGAUCGAACUGAUUAUCUGGAAUCGUUGUGAUCGAACAUUUUUUUCGGGUUUCCUCAAAAGAAAACUUUUACUUCCGUGUAGAUGUACAUGUAAAUUCACGAUGAUUGUGCUUUCAUUGUUUCUUUUGUCAUCCAUCUUCAUAUCAGAUGCAACCAUUUGCUACCAGUGUUCAGACGCUAAAGCCGGGGGGAUGUGCAAGCAUGACGUUCAGGGGAUGCUCGCAGAUCGAACACGGUUACUGAACAUGACAGAGGUGGAAAACACAGACUACAAUAGCAAAUUUACUUAUCUUAAAAACUGCGUGAGUGCUUGGGGAGAGCAUUGUCUAAUAGAGAACAUCAGAGAAGCAGGGACUGGGCAGCUAUUUUCCUUCGUAAGAGGAUGCACGGAUGGAAAAAUAUUCUCACUGACGGAUUUUCCAGAUCGAACAAUUGUUUCUGACAACCAGACAACAUGUGCAUUUCGACCAGGAAGCGGGAAAGUUGUGGUCUGCUUGACAAUGUGUAAAACAGAUUUCUGCAAUGGACCACUGCCAGACAUGAACAAUGGAGGAAUCACCAGCUCUCUCAGUCCAGUGUUGUUUAUACCUUUACUUCUAGCUGUGAUUAGUAGUAUAUUGUACGAUGUUAGGUGCUGGUGAAGUCUUAACACUUUUGCUAUCUUUUGAUAUGAAACAAAUUGUGAAGAGAACAACAGAGUUAAAACCAACUUUUUAUUCAAAUGUUUAUGUUGCAUAUUACAUGUAAAUUAACUUUGAUGAUAUAUGUGAAAUGUG